CUUUAAUACCCUCUCACCUCUCAUUCCUCUCCUCUCACCAUCUUUCUUUCACUUUCUCUUCAUCAGUUUUUUUCUUGCUGUUGUCCAUGGCUGGCCUUGUCACGGGCAGUUCACAGACCUUGCAUGCCAAAGAUGAGCUGAGGCCUCCAACUCGCCAGUCUGCAACGUCGAAAAAAUGUAGAGUUUGCGGGGAUGAGAUUGGAGUUAAGGAAGACGGAGAGGUGUUUGUUGCUUGUCAUGUGUGUGGCUUUCCUGUUUGUAGACCUUGUUAUGAGUAUGAGAGGAGUGAAGGCAACCAGUCUUGUCCUCAGUGCAACACUCGAUAUAAGCGUCACAGAGGUUGUCCUAGAGUUCCUGGAGAUAAUGACGAUGAUGAUGCCAAUUUUGAUGAUUUUGACGACGAAUUUCAGAUUAAGCAUCAUGAUCAUGAUGAAUCCAAUCAGAAAAAUGUUUUUAGUCACACGGAAAUUGAGCACUACAAUGAACAGGAAAUGCACCCCAUUCGUCCGGCCUUUUCGUCAGCAGGAAGUGUUGCUGGUAAGGAUCUUGAAGGCGAGAAAGAGGGUUAUAGCAAUGCAGAAUGGCAAGAGAGGGUAGAGAAAUGGAAAUUUAGGCAAGAAAAGAGAGGUUUGGUGAGCAAAGAUGAUGGAGGAAAUGAUCAAGGAGAAGAAGAUGAGUACCUUAUGGCUGAAGCCAGGCAACCACUAUGGAGAAAAAUCCCAAUUCCCUCAAGCAGAAUCAACCCGUAUCGAAUUGUCAUUGUCCUUCGACUUAUCAUUCUUUGCUUCUUUUUCCGUUUUCGGAUCUUAACUCCAGCAUAUGAUGCUUAUGCAUUGUGGCUUAUAUCUGUAAUAUGUGAGGUAUGGUUUGGCCUCUCCUGGAUCCUUGACCAGUUCCCAAAAUGGAACCCCAUUGAACGUGAAACUUAUCUCGAUCGCCUAUCCAUGAGGUUUGAGCGUGAGGGUGAGCCUAAUCGUCUGGGCCCAGUUGAUGUGUUUGUGAGUACUGUGGAUCCUCUCAAGGAACCACCAAUCAUAACUGCAAAUACAGUCCUUUCAAUCCUAUCCGUUGAUUAUCCUGUCGACAAGGUCAGUUGUUAUGUAUCAGAUGAUGGUGCAUCCAUGCUCCUUUUCGACUCCCUAGCAGAAACUGCUGAGUUUGCUAGAAGAUGGGUUCCAUUUUGCAAGAAGCAUAACAUUGAGCCAAGGGCUCCUGAGUUCUACUUCACUCAGAAGAUUGACUACUUGAAAGACAAAGUGCAUCCCAACUUUGUGAAGGAGCGCAGAGCUAUGAAAAGAGAAUAUGAAGAAUUCAAAGUAAGGAUCAACGCAUUGGUAUCAAAGGCCCAAAAGAAACCAGAAGAAGGAUGGGUGAUGCAGGAUGGUACCCCAUGGCCUGGAAACAUCACACGCGAUCAUCCUGGAAUGAUUCAGGUAUAUCUAGGAAGUGAAGGUGCGCUCGACGUGGAAGGCAAGGAGCUUCCGAGGCUUGUGUAUGUUUCCCGUGAGAAACGACCUGGAUAUAACCAUCACAAGAAAGCAGGUGCCAUGAAUGCUCUGAUUCGAGUCUCAGCAGUGCUCACCAAUGCACCUUUUAUGUUGAAUUUGGAUUGUGACCAUUACAUCAAUAACAGCAAAGCUGUAAGAGAGGCCAUGUGCUUUUUGAUGGAUCCCCAACUUGGGAAGAAGCUCUGCUACGUCCAGUUUCCGCAGAGGUUUGAUGGUAUUGAUCGCCAUGAUAGAUAUGCUAAUCGCAAUGUUGUGUUCUUUGAUAUAAACAUGAAAGGUCUAGAUGGGAUUCAAGGGCCAGUAUAUGUUGGUACUGGAUGUGUUUUCAACAGGCAGUCCUUGUAUGGCUAUGAUCCUCCAGUGUCGGAGAAGAGACCCAAGAUGACAUGCGAUUGCUGGCCUUCAUGGUGUUGCUGUUGCUGUGGUGGUUCAAGGAAAAAGUCUAAGAAGAAAGGGCAAAGAAGUCUUCUUGGAGGACUAUACCCCAUGAAAAAGAAAAUGAUGGGGAAGAAGUACACAAGAAAACCAUCCGGACCAGUCUUCGAUCUUGAAGAGAUUGAAGAAGGGCUUGAAGGCUACGAAGAGUUGGAGAAAUCAUCACUCAUGUCACAAAAAAGUUUCGAGAAACGGUUUGGGCAGUCACCAGUAUUUAUUGCCUCUACCCUCAUGGAAAAUGGUGGCCUGCCUGAAGGAACUAACUCUCAAUCACACAUUAAGGAGGCCAUUCAUGUUAUAAGUUGCGGUUAUGAAGAAAAAACCGAAUGGGGUAAAGAGGUUGGAUGGAUUUAUGGUUCUGUUACAGAAGAUAUCCUGACAGGCUUCAAGAUGCAUUGUAGAGGGUGGAGGUCUGUCUACUGUUCUCCCCAGAGACCAGCUUUUAAGGGAUCUGCUCCCAUUAAUCUAUCAGAUAGGUUGCACCAAGUUCUACGAUGGGCACUAGGCUCUAUUGAGAUUUUCCUUAGUCAUCAUUGUCCUCUAUGGUAUGGCUAUGGAGGAAAGUUGAAGUUGCUGGAGAGGCUUGCUUACAUCAACACCAUCGUUUACCCUUUCACCUCCAUUCCCUUACUUGCCUACUGUACUAUCCCAGCAGUCUGCCUUCUGACAGGAAAAUUUAUCAUCCCUACUCUGAACAACCUUGCUAGCAUAUGGUUCCUAGCCCUUUUCAUCUCAAUCAUAGCAACAUCUGUGUUAGAACUUCGAUGGAGUGGAGUCAGCAUCCAGGACUUGUGGCGUAAUGAGCAAUUUUGGGUUAUCGGCGGUGUCUCAGCUCAUCUUUUUGCUGUCUUCCAAGGCCUCCUCAAGGUCCUUGGAGGAGUUGACACUAACUUCACUGUUACAUCAAAAUCAGCAGACGAUACCGAGUUUGGAGAGCUGUACCUCUUCAAAUGGACCACCCUCCUCAUCCCACCAACCACUCUAAUCAUCUUGAAUAUGGUUGGGGUUGUAGCAGGAGUAUCCGAUGCAAUAAACAACGGAUAUGGCUCGUGGGGUCCUUUAUUUGGGAAGCUAUUUUUCGCUUUCUGGGUCAUUGUCCAUCUCUAUCCUUUCCUCAAAGGUCUGAUGGGAAGGCAAAACAGGACUCCUACAAUUGUUGUCCUCUGGUCUAUACUUCUUGCAUCUAUUUUCUCAUUGAUUUGGGUUAGAAUUGAUCCCUUCUUGCCCAAGCAAACUGGCCCAAUUCUCAAACAAUGUGGGGUGGAGUGCUAGCUAGUCAAUGCCUUUUGAAUUUUGUGUUCACCUCCUGUUCUGUUCUGUGUUUUGAGUCUUUCAUAGGUUAUCCCACUUUUGCUCAGUUGUUUUUCCUUCUUAAUGGCGGAGUGGAUUGAUCAUUGUAUGGAUUAUCAGCGAGAUUUUUCUAUUCGCAAGCAAGCGUGUGCAUGCAAACUUCCAGAAUUUUAUUAAUUAAGAAUUACU